CAGUGUACUACGGUAAAACAUGGGAGCUCCAUCUAAGAGCUGCCAGUGAAGCUUGUUGGGGUAACUGUUUCUGGUGAGUGUGUAUUACAACCAGCAUUCACAAUGAUAACGCCGGCGUUCGACCUGAGCCAAGAUGCAGAGUACCUGAUCCUCAGCAUCCGUGUGCCCUACACCAGAACAUCCGAAUUUGACCUCUACAUUGAUGGGUCAGAUUUCAAGUUCUAUGCCAAGCCCUACUUUCUUAGAUUAUCUCUUCCUGGAAGAAUAGUGGAGGAUGGGAGAGAAAAGGCAAAAUUUGACAUUGAUAAAGGUCUCGCCACUCUUUGGGUUCCUAAGGAAACAGCUGGAGAGCACUUUGAGGGACUUCAGAUGCUGACGAGUCUCCUCGCCCCAAAAGGCUCCCGUUCAGCAAAACCACUGAUAGAGGACUUAAGUACAGGAUGCAGUGAAGCUGCGGGGGAUGAUGAUGAUGAUGAUGAAGAUGAAGAUGAUGAAGAGUUUGACUGGCAGGUUGAGCAGGAGGUGUACAAGGAGAGCUCUGAGGAGGAGCUGAGAGCCCUGCCGAAAUAUGGCUUUGGCAAUCAGCGGUCCGGAGUGUUUGCAAGAUUACAGGAGGAACUGAGUGAUGUGACUGAUAUCAAGAACCCAGAAGGAAAGCCAGCGGCAGAGAGGAGGCGGGCACGGCUGGACGCAGAGGCAUCUGCUUUUUCACCUGACCAUUACCUGGCUGAUCUGUUUGAGGAUGAGGAGAUAAAGGGGCUGCUGAAGUUCAAGCCGUGGUGGGCCAAACUGAGUCCCGCUACAGAGCAGGAGGGAGAAGCUGCUGUCUCCUUCAACGACUGUGAGAAGGAGCAGCUGAGAAAAUUCACCAACCGUUCCUACCUGCUGGACAAGACGUCCCGUAACCAAGUGUGGCUCAGCCUUGUGGACAUCCUGCUGGCUUAUUCCUACGAAGUGCGCUCUACAGAGGGAGAACACAACGUAGAGUCAGCGUGGACUAUCAGAAAACUCAGCGGGACUCUCUGCUGGCUGGAGACGUACAGCUCCUUGCAAGACGUCCUGGUGUCAUUUGGACGGAGGGUUUUGUGCUACCCACUCUACAGACACUUUUCCAUGGUCUCCGCCGUUGUUCGUGACACAACUAAGAUUUUGCAGUCAGGAAAAGCCUGUGUCCUCAAAUGCCUGCUGGAUAUUCACAAAGUGUUCCGGGAGAACAACCCGGCCUACAUACUGAACGAUCUGUACAUCACAGACUACUGCAUCUGGAUCCAGAGGGUCAAGACCAAUAAGAUGUCAGCCUUGGCUGCGACGUUACAAAAAGCCUCCCUGCAGAAAAAAGACUUGGAGCUGGCACUUGAGGAACUAGAGCAGGCAGCGACAAUGGUGGCGGAGGAAGAAGAGAGAGAGCAGGGAGCCUCCGACUGCACUCCGAUAUCCCACAGUGACUGCAGCAGCGCUUCCAGUGACAGUACCAGCGACUCGUCCGAUGAGAGCGAGGAAUCUGAGGCUGAAGGGCAAGGCUGCAACAAAUCCAACCAGGCCGGGGGAGGAGGAGAGAUGUCUAAGGACAACCCUCUACAGCCCCAACCCUGUCCCAUCCCCCAGGAGCCCACAACCACACUCUUUCCAGCGGAGAGGAAGGUGGACGCCCUUCCCUCAGCAUCAGAAGGCUCCAGACAGCUGAUCCAGGAGCUGGGGGAACGGGUGGCGGAGGAGCUGAAAAUCUCUCAAGAAUGUAUCUACAAAGCAGAGACCAAGUGUUCACAGACAAACAGCGGCGCAACAAAAACAGAAGCAACAUCUGGGAGGAGCAGCAGUGGGACUUUGUUAGAACUGAGUCCCCGCAGAAACCCUCUGCUCAUCGUCCAGACAAAGGAAGAUCUUGAGGAGAGUGACUUCAUCUGCUGAUAGACAAUGGUGUGGAACCUGAAAGACACUCGAUACAUUUUGAACUGUUGAUACUGUGUAAGUGAUGUACGAUGUGUUUGACUAUUUGGUUUUUAAUGACUUCAUUUCUAUAUGAUCUUUAGUGCUUCAACCCUCCUAAAGGACCUAGAAAGAAUUAUAUUCUCUUUCUAUAUUUGUUAGGACUCAUUUAAAUCCUUACUUCAAAUUGAUGAUGUUGUUUAAUGAUCAUACUGUUUGAUUUGAUAUGAAUCAUUUCUGCUCCUUUAUUAACUAUGGAAAGUAAGUCAACACAGUUAGCGAACUAGAUUCAGUACACUGAACUCUGCUACCAGUGUAGAACUUCUUUAUUACCCGUGUAUGUUCCCAUACUCAUAUGAAAAAAGUCUAUAAAUCAAUGUUUGGCUUGAAUAAACAAAACAGGAAUGUAUUUCCAGAAAACCGACAAACAUUUGUCACUGUUAAUUGUUGUGUACUUCCCAGCCUGGCUGAGCUACUUUUUAGGGAGCUUUUCUUUUCCUAAUAAAUGGAAGGAAAACCUCUUCCUAAAGCAUUGAUUGAAGUGGAAAAGACUCUGUCGGCACUAAGCAGGGCUGCGGAGCACGCAGGAGUGAUUGAUUCAUCUGGCAUGAAUGGAGGAGCGCCGUCAACACAGCUCAAUAUCAUCGGCCACGUCUGGCAGGCGAGAGAAAACAAACAAGGAAGCACAUGUCAGGCUGAUAGAUGAGGGCUGCAAGCGAGGCUGCGGCACGGGAGCCGUUUGUUUGAGAGAUAAGAGCACCCCGGGGCCAGAGGCAGCCGCGAGAUAGAAGAACAGAGGCAGAGACUUACUGGCCAGCUCAGGCGUGGAGAUGUCCACAUACUUUGGAAGUAGCAAUAUCCACCUACUCUACAAUAAAAUCCAUUUCAAUUGGUGUCCCCUGAGUGGACUUGCAUUGAUUACUGUAAUUGAAGGGGGAAAAAGAGACAGAAAUGUGCCAAAUUAGCUGAUUUUUUUUCUGGUUUGGCAAUCCUAAUGGGUCAUAACUGGCUGAGGUUGUGUAGGAUCAAGCGCAGCCACAGUGA